UGAGCUGGAGGGCACGGCCAUUUCAGGCGAGCUGCCUCGCUUCCUCACCGCCCUCACACGUCUCAUAAGCCUCGAUGUGAGCAACACGAAGAUUAAUAAAACCAUCCCGCCCACUUAUGGAACCUUGAACUUUGAUUUUUCAGGGCUAAUUUGCCCAAUGGACAACAGCAGCUGCGUCAUCAAUCAGAACCGUUCAUCAACGUUUUGCAAGUUCUGUUCAACGUUCUGCUCCACGUGUAUCCUGAUCAACGGUCAGGAUCGCCCCAAUCAUGCACCCAGCACUGCUACGAUCGCAUCACAUCGACCAUGCACAUCACAUCAC